AAAAUCCAGACCCGAAUGCUUUCAUUGACUCAAAGAGAAACAGCCCUAAUGCAGCUUGCUUAGGUGCUUCUCAAAGAUGAAUGCAAGUUGUUCUACAUUUCUGCUUUUGCCUUUCUUCCUCACGGGUCAGGGUAAAGAUGACAGGGUGGGAAUGCUGUUCUGUCACCAAGGAGUUUCAUUCCCGCACUUCAUCCCUUCAGGAACCCCAGCUUAGCUCAACACACCACCUGUACCUACACCUUCAUUACUGUAACACACACUUUGUCUGGCUUGUGUUGAAAGCCAUCUCCAAACAGAACAACCCCUCAUGUGUAAACCAAAGUCACCAGCCUCAGUUUGGCUAACACAGCUGUGCAGCUUUGGGCUUAAGCAGAGCCCGGGAAGGUUGAGCUCUUGUCUACCAAAACACCCACCCCAAUUUCACUCCAGCAUGCUGUAUUGAUGAACCUCCACUGCUUUCUGCCUGAGUUGUGGAUGAUUCUCCUUUUAGGAGCAAAAGAACUGGAUAGCUUUGCAGGUGCUGCCCACGUGCCAGCUGUGCAAGUCACCAUGAAGAAACCCAGCUUUGCCAGGAGCAGCCAAACUGCAGCCAAGGACAGAGACAUGCCCAGCCUGCAGUCCUACAGCACAGACACACCAGGGCUGGGCAAUCGAGCAGAAGCCACAAACUUUGGCCAGCUAAACUCAAAGAGUGAAGCUGAAGAUUUUCAUGGAGUUUAUGAGAAUUCACCUCAAAAUUCACCUCUGCGGUAAGACAAAGAGAAAAAUACAUACCUUUAUUUUUACAUCCUACAUAGGGAACGAACUCACCAUAGCAAAGGUCCUGUGCUCCAUACCCUUACAGCUCAAACAUGCACUUGCAGCAGCCUGAACCGUUUCCCUAAAUGACAGCAGGAGUGUUCAACAUCAGCUUAGCUACAGAACAACACAGGUUUGAUUGGCAAAGUAUAGAACAACCUACAGGCUCAAGUAGGUGCAUAAUGCUAUCUGCAGAACUGCCUGUCUGUAACUUUAAAAGUGUGACCCCAAAUCAAUAGCCUCUGGAAGGCCUCAGGCUCCACAACAGAGCACAAAGCAAAGACCAUAGCAUGUAAGAAAUCUCAGGUCACCACUCUGUCAUCACCAAGUUCCUCUGUAGCCUCCUGGCAUCACCUCCUGUUCCCAUUUACGAUCUUGGCAACCCCAUCCUAGAUUUUCGCAGUGUUUUCAAGGUGCUUAUUGGCACAACAUAGAGCUCCAACAGUGAGGGCUGAGAGUCCCAAGCUCAGCGCUGCAAAGCAAUUUCCUCCAUUCUGUUAGCAAAGGAGAGGCCAUGAUGUGCCUCCUCUCCCUGCCAAAUGCCAGCAAUGCACUACGGCAAUCCCAUGACACUGUGUGGGAAUGGCUGUCCGUGACCAGAAGCAUUCUCUGUGCUAUAGAUUAUUUUUGGAUGUACUCAGCCACUUUAACUAAACCAGUUAUCUUAACAAUCCUGAACACUCUCCUCCAAACACUACUGGAGAGAUCAUAUUUCAGUACAGAGCUCUCUGAGCGCAGGAACUUUUUACUACAUCACUGAGUAAAAACAGGGUUUGCUUCAAUAACCUGCAGAUAUCCCUCACUUUAGCACCAAGCCCUCCCAGGCUGAAUUUCUCCAGUGACAUCAGCUGGGGCCCUACAAAGAGCCUACUGCUGAAUCAAGAAGGUAAUCAGCAGCCAAGCUGCAGACAGGUUGCUUGCAGCCUGUGAUGAAGCUGUGUGUAUGCCAUCAUUGCUUUCAAAUAUCACAGGCCAAGCAUGGGAACACAGCACUGGGUUUGAGUCAAUUCAUGCUCAACUACCCCAGUCCAAUCCUAAAGAUUAAGGUGAAUUUUCUUCAGAGUGUCUAAUGCAGAGCUGCACUGCUUGUAAGCUUUACCUGAUAGUUAGCUUGAGCAAGAGCAGACACUUAAUUGUCUACCAAUCAAAAAUGAAAGCUUUUCCAAAAUACCUGAAAAACCUCUUAGGAGUAAUGGGAGCAGCUGGAGACAGAUGCUGGCCCUCCUCUCAGAACAGGACUUACUUUUUCAUCCUCCCUGCAGGCUGCUCACAAGCAUUCCUAACCAGUGACCUGCAAGGAGGCUCCUUCUGAUGAGACUCACUACUGCGUUUAUUGCUUGUGCCUGAUGUCCUGCAUCAACAGAUGUAACAUACCACCAAAAUCAGAUAUGCAAUAGCUUCUACAGAUUUUGUUUAUAGGAAAUGUUAACUAGCAUAGAAAUCCGCAGAGCACUUGCAGCCAUCAGCAGUGCUGAACCACAUUUUGGAAGGCAUGAAUAUAUACCUCAAGGCACAGAGAAAAAAAAAAACACAAGAAUUUCUAGAAGCAUCCAUCAAUAAGCAUUUAAAUAUUUCUGAAACAAACAGCCUUAUUGCAGUGUGCUCUGAAACAGCAUUGUGAAUGGGACUCAACAUUGCACAUUGCUGUUAAAAACAAUUAAUGAAUCACCUGUAACGAUUAGCUGUAAAAUAAUGUUAGACAGAUUCAGCCAUAUAACUAACACAUAACACAUAUGGUUGAAACUCUUACCAAAGACAAAAAGAAACUCCUGACCAUAUCAGGAUGAUAGGACAAAGCUACUACUGGGAACAACUCUAAAAUGAAUGAAAUCUUUGUAACUCUCAAUUUUCUUGCUUAGCAACAGCCACUCCAUGAAAGCCAGAAAUGCAGUUUUAGAGGAGCACAGCUCCCAUUAGUCCUUUUGAGCCCUUUAUACUUAUAGUUUACAGCAUCCUUCCCAACAGCCUUAAAUAAAGGGACCAAAACCAGCCCUACUAGACUCCAUACUGAUUAUUAAGUUAAUAUAAACCACUUAAUCAAAGCAAAAUAAGAGGUUUCAGGUGUUUUAGAUAGCUUUUACAAUUCCUCAGUAAAUAAACAAAAGAUUCCUAGGUUUUUUUUUCCUUGUACAUUCGUUGCUGCAUCACUUGAGGUACCAGGAGAACCUGCUCACAUGCAGUGUGUCACCAGCAAUAAAAAGGAAACUGAAAUAGUACAGAAAACCUCACCUCAGCAUCUGGUCAAGCACUAUUAGGCUCCCCCCAACAUAAGCCAUCAGAUUUACCCUCUGCCUUCCAUACUUGAGCUUCUAGUUCCUUCAAGUUUCUUUCCUACCUUCUGGAUCUCACACACUUCUGUUCUUUCUCUCUCACACAAGUCGUGCCAGUUGUGUGCAGCCAUUUAAGCACAAAGCUACCCUCCAACAGAAGCCUUGCAGCCCACUUUAGUCCAGAAAGCAGAACACUACACUCUCACUAAAGCCCAUGGGAAGGCAGAAAACCAAUCUGCACACAGAGCUGGCCUUCAGCUGCUCACAGCUUCCUACAGAACAAGCCUUCAUGCCACACUUACCCUCCUUUGUUUAUUUUUUAAACUAAUCAACUCUCCCUGUACAAACCACACAUUGUCUAUUUUAGCUAAAACAGCAACAACCAGAGCCAUGCUCCUUCCCUCUCUGCCUUUCACCAGAAGGAAAUGAAAGAAAUUAGCACCCAAUCAACACCUGCUUGUAGAUAUUGUCCACAAAUGGUGAGCUGAUGCUUAAAUAAGAACCCUCACCGCAGGUUAACUCAGAGAUGGCUGUACUGGAGGACUCACCUUGCAAGGCUGGGCCCGCACGGCCCGGCUGCAGUUUGGAGGUUUUUUAAACAAUAGUAUGCAUGUUAGGCAACGGUUGCUAAACUAUAAUUAAGAUACUUAAAUGCUAAUUUAAGAUGCAAUUAAGCACUGCAGCCUUUGAUUAAAGGCACACAAAUCACCUAAUCUGCCAGCAGGAUCUAGUGAAAGCAGCCUGGCUGGCCCUCCUGAUCCAAGUUUAUAUACAUAAUAAUAGCCCUAAACAGCAAUAUAUCAUCAAAGAACACUUUACCACCAAGCCCAUUUAAUUGGUAUUAUUCAGUUUAUGAGUGACUCUUCAGACACACGUGGUUAUUCCACCACCAGCAGCAUUACUGUGUGCUACAGUGUGCAGCACAGGGCGCUGCCAGCUGUGAGCAGUGCUGCAGUGUGCUGCUCACUGCUGCCUUUCCAGCCCUGACAGCUGGCUUUUCCAGGGUGUAUGCAGCCCUGAAAGCAGUACCAAGUUUUAAUCACUACAAUUAGCUGCUGCUAGUUAUGGUAAAUGAAGAAAGAAGGAAUUUCACUGAGCUACUCAACAAAGCAGGACUUAGGGGGGACUCUGUGGGCAGGUCUCACCAUUGCCCACAGUGUGAUUUGCUGACUGCUGGCACCUGCCAAAAAAUGAGGUUCUGGCCCAUAAAUAAAGUGCCCUCAGCAAGGGCUGGGUUGGAGACUCUUAUUCUGACACUGGCAGGAGGACAGGCAGGUCCAGCAGUGUCAUUUGCUGGCAGCACAUUAAAGUCUCUGGUCUUAUAAUGCUACGCAGAGGGCUACUAUGACAGUCUGUGUCAGUGAAUGACGGUCCCUUCCCAAAAUACGGGUUAAAGCCCAGGUGACAACUUCUAGGCUGUAGGGAAAAUCCACUCCAAGAAAGCCUCUAUCCUGCAAGGCCAGGGUUCCAUUCUAUUCAGGAGCCCAGCCAAGAAAGCUUUUGUGGCCUGCCACCUAGUUUUUACCAGCCACCCACCCAAAGCCAGUUGUCACCAACCAAAACCCAGGACAGCCGUGAAAGCUCUCCCAUGAGUGUCCGUAAUCUCCCAUCCGUUUCCUCUAUGUGCCAACCAACCAUGUUUAACUACGAACGUCCAAAACAUUUUAUCCAGUCUAAGAAUGUGUGUCAAGGGCAACAGCAGCCUCCAGGAUCCUCAGCAUCUACAGAGUCAAGCAGGCAAAUCAAACAGUCCUCCAUUCUAAUCCAGCCUCGUAACCCUAGCGGGCAGAAAUUCUCCUCCUCGUCAUCGCUGAGCUCUUCAAUCACGCUCUCCUCACCCUCCUGUAGUGCCCCUAAGGAAUCCACAUAUCCUGUCACACCUGCAUCUGCGCAGUCUCCUGCUAGCUCAUCAUCUGGGCAACGGCUUAUAUCCAUGCCUAACCAAACCCCCGCAGCAUUCCUGUGCUCAGUGCUACCCUCGCAGCCUGAUUUUAACAGCCAAACGCCUCCUAUGGAACCUCAUUACUCAAAACCAAUGUACAAAAAACAAGCUAGCAUCAACUCCAUGCAGAAGACAUCUGACCAAGAAAUCAGAGGAACAAAAGAGGCCCUCAUCCAAGAUUUGGAAAAGAAACUCCGAUGCAAAGACAACCUUCUCCAGAAUGGCAACCAGCGAUUAACUUAUGAAGAAAGAAUGGCUCGCAGGCUGCUCGGACCAGAAAAUGCUGCAUCUGUGUUUGAAGCACAAAGUGAAGACGCACAGAACGCACAGCACCAGAAUGCAGAAAACAUCAGGCUGCAGGUUCCUACAACACACGUAAGGAGCAGACCAUCCUCCAGAGGAGAUGAACGUGGACAUGACUCAAUCCAGGAAAAGUUCUUCCAACCACGAUUUACACAAGUGCCAGAAGAUGUAAUUAUUGAGGAGGGACGAUUCUGCAGGCUUGACUUCAAAGUUAGUGGGCUGCCAACCCCAGAUGUGAUGUGGUAUCAGAAUGGAAGGAUGGUUCAUCAAGAUCAGUUUCAUAAAAUGAUAGUGUCAGAGAAGGGAUUCCAUUCAUUUAUUUUUGAAGCAGUCAAGUCAUCUGAUGCAGGAACGUACGAAUGUGUGGCUGUCAAUCGUGCAGGAGAAUCAUCCUUUGCAGUAAAAGUGGAAGUAAUUGCAAAAGAACAUCACACGCCUCCAACUUUCAUCUUCAAGCCACAAAGCAAAAAGGUUUUUGAAGGAGAUACAGCCAGACUCGAAUGCCAGAUCUCUGCCAUCCCAACUCCUCGGAUUUACUGGAAAAGAAACAAUGAAAUGGUACAAUAUAAUACAGACCGAAUAAGCUUGUUACAUGACAAUACUGGAAGGAUUUGCCUCCUGAUUCAUAAUGCAAACAAGAAGGACGCUGGGUGGUACACAGUAUCUGCAGUCAAUGGAGCAGGAGUGGCCACGUGCCACGCCAGACUGGAGGUUGCAACACAUACAAACAAGCCAGUUCCAGCCCCAAGGCACCUACGAGUCCGACCAACUUUCAGCAAGUAUCUGGCCCUCAAUGGCAGAGGGCUGGAUGUGAAACAAGCCUUCUCACCAGAGGGAGAGUUUCAGCGUUUGGCUGAGCAGUCUGGACUGUAUGAAAGCGAUGAACUUUAACUGGAAACAAAGAAGAAAACUCACACACCAACGAGAGCCGGUGCCAACACAGAUGCAGUUCACUGGUAGUAGUUCUAAUUAGCAAAAUACCUAUCUACGUAUUCGUACUGUGACUCUUGCACAUUCUGCUGUUCCCGUUUUACCACGUUAGGUGUUAUUUAUGUGGGUUGGUGAAUAUAACCGUUUUCUGAGCGUUGCAUUGUAACGGCAGAGCCCGAGCAGGCCGGCCGAGCAGCUCCCGCAGCGCAGGCAGCUCCAGCCCCCCGCGCUGGGCUACGUGCUGAAUAGAGGGGUUUGUGCUGCUUCUCUAAUACUGCUCUUGAUGAGAACUCCGUGCUGUCUGAUUACUAAAACCAAAUAGAGUGUUUUUAUGAGAAUUAAGUAGAAGCAAAUAAAAUCUUAAACGCCCAAAGCGGAGUUUGCCUCUUUCUUGCCCGCCGGCCUCACGCACAGCCG